CCAUUACUCCUCUCACCCGGCUCUCCACCCCUCCAGAUCUACUCCCACAAACAACACGCCUCCUCUCCUCUCCUCUCUUCUCAUACAAGAGUAUCACUCUCUACAAAAACCUAUAAAUCAUCAUCUCUUCCUAUAAAACAUCCCCUUUUCAAAAUUUCACCGCUAAUUCUACAACCUUUUUGCUCAAUUUUCACCAAUUUCGCUCCUAUUCUCGUAUUCAUUUAGCUAUCCGUUGAGAAUUUCAAGAAACCCCAAAGGUGUGGGACGAUUUGGCAUAAGAAAAGGAAUCCAUGGCAGAUCAAAUGUUGGAGGGUAGCCAACCAGUUGAUCUUACUAAGCAUCCAUCUGGAAUUGUUCCUACUCUUCAGAACAUCGUGUCUACUGUCAAUCUGGAUUGCAAGCUAGACCUGAAGGCAAUUGCACUUCAAGCUCGAAAUGCAGAAUAUAAUCCAAAGCGUUUUGCUGCUGUUAUCAUGAGGAUAAGAGAACCAAAAACAACAGCUCUAAUCUUUGCUUCUGGGAAGAUGGUUUGUACAGGAGCCAAGAGUGAACAGCAGUCAAAACUGGCUGCACGGAAGUAUGCUCGAAUAAUUCAGAAACUCGGGUUUCCAGCCAAGUUUAAGGAUUUCAAGAUUCAGAACAUUGUUGGGUCAUGUGAUGUUAAAUUUCCCAUUAGACUUGAAGGCCUUGCAUACUCUCAUGGUGCCUUUUCAAGUUAUGAACCAGAACUGUUCCCGGGAUUGAUUUAUCGAAUGAAACAACCGAAAAUUGUUCUGCUUAUCUUCGUUUCUGGCAAAAUUGUUCUUACUGGAGCUAAGGUUAGGGAUGAGACUUACACUGCAUUUGAGAACAUAUACCCUGUGCUGACUGAAUUCAGGAAAAACCAACAAUGGUAA